AUGACAACUGAUCAAAAGCAUUCAUCAGAUGGUACACUUAACAUGCCAGAAGAUACCAGAUAUUAUUAUUCCAAAUAUGAAAAGCUUAAAAGGAGGGUCAAUUUAUUGGAAGCUGAAAUAGAAGAUUUGGAUGAAUGUGUAAAUAAAGAAACUUUAGUCGACUUAAUACAAGAAAUGGUUCCAUCGCUAAUUAUUAGAAAAUAUAAGAAGAGAGGUUUACUUUGUGAGCCCCUAAAUAGAUCUGACUCUAGUUUAUCCGACUCUAGUUCAUCUGAAGAUUCUGAAACGGUUAAAUGCUACUAUCCUAAAAAGAAGGUACCACAAAGAAAUCAGGAUCUUUCAAACCAGGAUCUAAAAAAUUCUUAUAGUAUAAAUCAUAUAUGGGAAAGAAAUGUGAAUUUUAAACGGUCUAAAAGAAUAAUUCUUAUAGAUAUUCGAUUUGGGGUUGAUAUGGGUGCUAAUGCAAAUUACAUUAGUAGAAAAAAUGUGAAAAUAGCAUAUGCAAAAGAUAAUAGUAUUCCAAGAGUAAACAGGUUUCUAGGUGAGUCUUAUUCUGCAUUAGGAAAGGUCAAUCUACAUAUUAUCUUAAAUGAUGGUGAGAAGCAUAAAAUCAUACCCACUGAAUUCAUAGUUAUUGGAUCAGGUUGGCCUAAUCAAUUUCCUGAAAUACUCUUGGGCUCAUUGUGGAUGUGUCAAAUCCUUGAAGCCAGGCUUUUGGAAAAAAAUAACACUGGGCAUGAAAUAAAAAGUAAGAACUAUUGGAGAAACUUUGUAUUCCGUAUUAAAAAUAAUUUAACCAGAAGAGAAUAUAUAGCCAAUAACUCUGAAUUUAGAGAUUUUAAAACCCAAGUAGCAGAUUUUAAAACUUUGUAUAUAAAAACUCGACCGGCUAUUAUCAUCCAGCGAGCAUAUCGUUUAUGGAAAAAACGAAUAAAUUUGGCUAAAAUAAUUCAGCGUGCAGUGAGGAAAUGGCUUUAUCAACCAGGGCAUAGAAGGGGUUCUGAAUCAAGUACAUCAUCAGUAGUUAGAAAAAUAGAAAAACAUAGUAUCCAAUCUCAAGAUUUGCCAGAAAUUAUAGAAGAAGAUAUGUCAGAUAUAGAUGAUAAUAGAGAUGGUGAAGAUAAUCGUCCAAUAGACCAAAGCACUAUCCUUUCAGAAAAAGAAUCCCGCAAAAGACCUAGCGAAGAUACCACUAAAAAUAAAUCAUUAAGUAAAAAACCAAAACAGAAUAAAGAAAAAGGUGAUAAAAAAGAUUCUAAUACUGUAAAAAAACUUAUUAUAGAAUUAACAUCCAACACCUUUGAACAAAACACAGAUACGAUAACUUCUUACCCAGUAACAGCUACUGAAACCGGCCCACUGCCUAUCGACUUUCUAAAUUUAUAUACUAAAAUUACCUCUGCUAAAAGUGAAAUCCAAAAACCAAACCAGAAUAUAAUUAUCCAAUAUUAUAACUUUGGAUUAGGUAUAGCAAAACGCUUCAAGUUCUAUUAUGAAAAAUCAUAUAAUGUAAAUGACGCUAAUAGUGAAGUUAAAAAAGAAAUCAAAAAACAACUUCCUGAUGGUACUUCUGAAACUACUAUUUGGAAAAGAAAAGAAAGAGCCCAAAAGAUUUUCCACCUCUUUAGUAAGAUAGGAAUGGAUAAAAUAGGAUGA